AUGUCUAGUGUUCGUUCGCUCAAAAAUAUAUCACAAGCCAUCGCAAAGACUUGUUCUAGACAUUACUCCCUACAAUCAUCCAUGUCAACCACUACUACUACCACAACCACUUCAUACUCACAAUUUGAUAGUUUUAAAGAAACACUGUCUCCUUUGAAGACCAAAUUCUAUUUACGAAAGGAUGAAAUAGAAAUUAUGCAAUUACCAUCGGAGUUUUACCUAACUUUAAAACAAAAGAUUACAAAUGCACAGAAUCGUAUAUUCUUUGCAUCCUUAUAUCUAGGGAAAUCUGAACAAGAAUUAAUAAAUUGCAUUGAUAAAGCCAUGGAGAGUAAACCGAACCUGAAAGUAUAUUUCUUAUUGGAUGGACUUAGGGGUACAAGAGAGACACCUCAUAACAAUUCAUCUGCAUCAUUACUAGCCAAUUUAGUACACAAAUAUGGUGAGGAUAGAAUCAACUGCAGACUCUAUAGAACACCGGCAUUUCAUGGGUGGAAGAAAAGACUGAUUCCAAAGAGGUUUAAUGAAGGUUUAGGCUUACAACAUAUGAAGAUAUAUGGAUUUGACAAUGAAUUGAUUCUUUCUGGAGCAAAUCUCUCGAAUGAUUAUUUCACUAAUAGACAAGAUCGAUACUACUUAUUUAAGUGUCCCCCUUUGACAAAUUAUUAUUUCAAAUUGCAUCAGCUCAUUGGCUCACUGAGCUUUAAGAUAGAAGCUGUCAAAAAUAAUAUCAAUCCAUUUGCUAACUACAAGCUAAUAUGGCCGAAGGAUAAUUUAUCAGUAAAUCCAACUCAUUUGGGAAACAAACAUAAAUUUAUUUCAGAUUCAUCAAGUGCUCUUGACAAAUUCCUCCAUACUAAUCAAAAUAUGGACCAAAAUGUUACUAUCGAUCAAGAGAAGAAUUAUCCAACACUAGUUUUUCCCAUUUCGCAAUUCACACCAUUGUUCAAAAGAUUUCAAGAUAGAUCUACAGAGAAACCGAGUGUCUUAUCUAUUAUAUCUAAUAUUCAUCACAAGACACUAAAUUGGAUAUUCACUGCGGGUUAUUUUAAUAUGCUACCUUCAAUAAAGCAUCAACUACUAAAGACAGUUUCCGAAAAUAGUCGGAUCAUUACAGCAUCACAAUAUGCUAAUGGGUUUUUCGAAUCAAAGGGUGUUUCAUCUAAUCUCCCAAAGGCUUACAUUCAUCUAUCUCAUAAAUUCAUGAAAAGCCUAAUCUUAUACAAUAGGACCGAUCAAAUUCAUCUAUUAGAAUGGCAAAAGGGAAUUGUUACUAAACCCGGUGGUUGGUCAUACCAUGCUAAGGGAUUCUGGUUAUUUGAUGAUACAAAAAAAAUAAAACCAUUCCUAACAAUUAUUGGUUCCUCGAAUUAUACAAAAAGAGCAUACUCCUUGGACCUAGAAUCAAACGUUAUAAUACUGACAAAAGAUGAAAACUUACAAAAAGGAAUAAAUUCAGAAGUCGAACAUCUAAUACAAGAUUGCCACGAAGUCACUAUCGAGGACUUUAAACAUGAUGAAGAUAAGCAUGUUGGUCUUGGUGUCAAGAUAGCUACAAAAUUAUUAAGUAAAAGGCUCUAA